GUGACCCACGCCGAGCCCCAGCGAGGACUAGGCGGCCGCCUUUCUCCUCGGAGCUACGACCGCCAACGCCUGCGGCGCCCGCCCGCGCCCCCGAGAUGCUGAAGCUGGCGCAGGAGCCCCGAGGGGGCUUCUCCUUCGAGAACUGCCAGAGAAACUCCACCUUGGAACGCGUGCUUCCGGGUCUCCGGGUCCCCCACGCACGCAAGACUGGGACCACCAUCGCGGGCAUCGUGUUCCGAGACGGGGUCCUCCUGGGAGCCGACACGCGGGCCACUGACGACUCGGUCGUGGUGGACAAGAACUGCGAGAAGAUCCACUUCAUCGCCCCCAAAAUCUACUGCUGUGGGGCGGGAGUAGCGGCGGACACCGAGAUGACCACGCGCAUGGCGGCGUCCAACAUGGAGCUCCACGCCCUGUCCACGGGCCGCGAGCCCCGCGUGGCCACGGUGACCCGAAUCCUACGCCAGAAGCUCUACCGGUACCGGGGCCACGUGGGCGCUUCGCUGAUCGUGGGCGGUGUCGACUUGACGGGUCCGCAACUCUACGAUGUGUACCCACACGGGUCCUAUGGCCGAUUGCCUUUCACGGCCCUGGGCUCAGGCCAGGACGCCGCAGUGGCGGUGCUGGAGGACCGAUUCCAGCCAGACAUGUCGUUGGAGGCCGCACAGGAGCUGCUGGUAGAAGCCAUCACUGCAGGAAUCCUGGGUGACCUGGGCUCUGGGGGCAACGUGGACAUAUGUGUGAUCACCAAGACCGGGGCCAAGAUGCUGAGAGCACUGAGCUCACCUACGAAGCCUAUAGAAAGGGCCCCCAAGUACCGCUUUGCCCCUGGCACCACGGCCAUCCUAUCCGAGACCGUGAAGCCGCUGACCCUGGAGCUUCUGGAGGAAACUGUGCAGGCCAUGGAGGUGGAGUGAGGAAGACGAAGGUUCAGAGCUCGGACCGAGGGGAAUAAACCCAGAAAAUAAA